CCCAGCUGGGGCUCCUCAGAGAUCCCACCUGGAGAAUAUCACAGGGUAAGGAAUUUUAGGUAUGUGCACAUCAGCUCUGCAGGUGACUGAGGAAGAGUUAAUACAAUUCCACCACUUAACCCCAGCCAGACUUGGUGUAGCACCUCAGUGUGCAAUUCUUGACUUUGAUUCAUUUACCAUGGCAUAUUGAUAGCUGUAAUAUCUGAAAAACUAUGUUGACUUCUGCGCUGUAGUGGCUUAUAAAAUAGGUAGGUUGGGAACAGCAUGAAGGUGAGCAGAAAAAAUGUAGUUCUCCCUUAAAAUUGUGUCUGGAGAGGGAUGUACACAUUUCUGUGAUUAUGUGCAUGUGAAGUAAAUUCUGAUACUUCAGAAAGGUUUUGCAGGUGUGCAGAUUGCUGUAUUAUUUCACAACUUUUCCUGUGAAACGGGUUUUUUUGUGGAAAAAAAAUUAGAUUUUUAAAGUUUUGAAAAACAGAACAUUGCUAUUAUUUCACUGAAUAAAUAUAAUUUAAGCUUCAUGAAAGAGUAAGAAAAUUAGAAACUGCAGUUGUCACAACUCGGAAUAAGGGGUGGCAGCAUCUUUGGUGUUUGGCAGGUAAGGAAUUAUUGCAGAACUGAUACAAGAAUUCUCUUUUUGUGUCUUGGAGUUUGAAUACCAAGCAGGUGUUGAAGUGCUGCCAGUGCUUCCCGCCAGCUAUCCCACUGAGGUCCGAUCUUAGAGCAUCAAACCUUUGACAGCGAUUUUCUUGGUAUAGUUCCUUUAGGAGUCCAUUAGUGGUGAUCUUGAUGUUGUAUGGUAGGAUUCGUUGCCAAGAUGUGGAUGGGACAGUCUCUUCCAGAGCUGAGUGUAUCACCUUUGUAGUCCUCCUACCCUUUGCUGGGCUAUCAGCAAGAAGGUGGACCUGGAGUCCAGGCUUUGCAUGCUGGAAAAAUGACUGCCUAUGUGUGAAGGAUGGUGAGAGGAAGCCAGUGUAUAGGAAAAGCAGAAAAACCUUUUUGCAAAGCUUUCUGGUGUUAAACCAGCAAUGUAAGGACCUGUAUAACUCUGGAGUGGGCCUUCUGAAUCACCCAGUUCCUACAGGCAAAUAUGAAAUAAUCCCAUUCACAGAUAUACCAAGGUCCCUUCUGCUUCCCUGCAAAUAUCAGAGUCUCCUCGAUUCCUUACUUGGUUGUGCUUUAAGAGGUCUGAGCUUUCCUAUGGGCUUGAGAGAAGAUUUAAACAUAACUAGAGAGGAGGUUGGGGAUCAGAAGAAGGUAUCAUUGAGAUAUGUGUCCAGAAAUGCCUGUGUAUUUUCUCUGGUUCCCACUGAAUGUCUUUCUUGCUGGAGUGUGUCUUGAGUGUUACUGCAUGUGGAUAAUAAGGGAAAAAGCUGCAAUGUAAAAUUGGAACAAAAUGCUGCAUGGCUGUCACUGGGGCCGGUGUGUGGGUGACUGUGGCUCGGGCGGCAUUCGGAGUCGGGCUGUCUGGUGCACACACGUGGAGGGCUGGACAACGUACCACGCGAACUGCGACCAGAAGGACAAGCCCGAAAGCCAGAGGAGGUGCUUUAAAAUCUGUGACUGGCACCUGGAGCUGUUUGAGUGGGAGGUUUCGGCAUGGGACAGGUGUGGGCUCAUCUCCUUUGCUGGCGGUGAGGUGGGAGCCGGGGCUUGUGUCACCGCGCAGCACGGGCUGCAGCGCCGGAGCGUCCACUGCCUCCAGAAGCUGAACAGAACCAUUGUUGCUAAUGAAAUAUGUGAGUACUUCACACCUCAGCCACCUGCUGAGCAAGCCUGCCUGGUGCCCUGCCCACGAGACUGUGUUGUGUCCGAGUUCUCUGGCUGGUCUGAGUGUGGCACAGGCUGCGGCAAGAGCUUGCAGCACCGGACACGGGUGGUCAUCGCUCCUCCUCUCUAUGGGGGUGCCCCAUGCCCAAAUCUGACUGAAUCCAGAGCCUGCAGCACUCCUGCCUGUCCUCUUGGGGAGGAGGAGCACACCUACAGCCUCCGAGUGGGACCUUGGGGUGAAUGCCAGCUGCCCCAUCCUAAAGACAUCGACCUGGUGGGGAGGACUAUGCUGGAUUUGGGUUCAGACUCUGGGGAGCCAAGCACGUCUGGACUUCAAGGCUAUAAACCCCACCACCGUCCCAGGCAGGUGGAUAUCGGUUACCAAACCAGGCAGGUCAGGUGUGUAAGGAGCGAUGGAAAAAACACAGCGCUGAGCCUCUGCCUGCAAGAUCCUGUUCCUUUGACCUUCAAGUCCUGUGUCAUCGCUAAAGACUGUGAAAUGUCUGAGUGGUCUCCAUGGAGUGCCUGCUCGCGGACCUGUGGCUGGGGAGAUCUCGCCCCAGGCUUUCGGAGCCGGCACCGCGGCGUGCGGAGUGUGGCGGUGGGCGCCGGGAAGCAGUGUCUGGAGCUGGAAGAGAGGGAAGCGUGCAGCGCAGGAGGGAAAGAGCUGCUGCAGCCUUGCCCCAGAUUUGCCUGGAGGACUUCGGAAUGGAAAGCUUGCCAAGUUUCUCUCCUCCUUGACCAGCAGGACCCUCGACACCACAAGCACGUAGGCCUUUGUGGAGGUGGCAUACAAACCCGGGAAGUCUACUGCAUCCAAAUCACCACGGAACUUGGGAUGCACCGACUGAAGGAAGCUACUAGACCAGUCAAUGGGAAGCUAUGCCCAGGACCUGCUCCCCCUGCCUCCCAGCUGUGUAACUUGCCGUGCCCAUCUGAAUGCGUGGUGUCUGCUUGGUCAGGGUGGGGUCCCUGCCUUCAUGAGAACUGCCAGGACUACCACAGAGGAAGAGGCUUUAGAAUGAGACAAAGGCAAGUGAUCGUGGAUCCAGUAGGUACUCUGGCAGAUUGUCCGCAUUUAAUUGAAUCUAUUCCUUGUGAAGACCCAGUGUGUUACGAGUGGAUUGUUUCAGAAGGAGUAUGUGUGGCUGACCAUGGAAAAUGUGGACCUGGAAACCGCAUCCUGAAAGCUGUAUGCAAGAACAAGAAAGGUGAAGAAGUACCACAUCACCUCUGCUCAGAGCUUCCCUAUCCUGAAGUUGUGGCUUGUGAAAUCCCUUGUGCAAUGGACUGUGUUAUCAGUGAGUGGUCUGCAUGGUCCCCGUGUUCCCACUCAUGCUCCAGUAAAAAUGCUGAGGGCAGUCAAAGCAGGAGUAGGUCCAUCUUGGCCCUUCCAGCUGAGGGUGGAAAAGCCUGUCCCCCUGACCGAGCCUUGCAGGAGCACCGUGCCUGUAAUGAUCACCCAUGCGUGCAUUUCUUCUGGGAAACUUCUCCCUGGAGCUCUUGCUCUGAAGAUGUGCUGGUAACUGCACUCAAUGCAACUAUUAAUUGGAGCAGAGAAGCCACUUGUGGAGUGGGCAUACAGACAAGGAAAGUCUUCUGCAUGAAGAGCAGUUCUGGCCAGGUCACACCCAAAAGAUGUCCAGAGUCCAUCAGACCUGAAACUGUGCGGCCGUGUCUCCUCCUCUGCAAGAAAAACUGUGUUGUUACACCUUUCAGUGAGUGGACUCGCUGCCCAACAGCAUGUCAACCUGGCAAUGCCACUGCAGUUAAGCAGUCCCGGUACAGGAUUAUUGUUCAGGAUGCUGCCAAUGGGGGACAGACAUGCCCAGACACAUUGUAUGAGGAAAGAGAAUGUGAAGAUACUCCCAUCUGUCCAGUGUAUAGGUGGAAGACUCACCGCUGGAGUCACUGUGUGCUGGUGCCACAUGCAGUGAGACAGAGUGUGCUGGGACAUAGUGAGGCAUGUGGACAUGGUUUGCAGUCAAGGGCUGUUACAUGCCUGUCAGAGCACAACGACUCCGCCACUGUUGGUGACUGCGUGCAGUGGGCCGGAGCUAUGCCGUCUCUUGUACAGGAGUGCCUUGUUCCCUGCAAAGAUGACUGCACAUUUACCCCUUGGUCAAAAUUUACAGCAUGUUCAUUUGACUGUGAAUCAACUAGAAGUAGGAGGCGGUCACUAACAGGGAGAAGCAGAAAGCGAGACAAAUGCCAGAAUACUGAAGUUUAUCCUCUAGUUGAAACAGAGCUGUGCCCCUGCGAGGUGUUUACCUCCCAGCCCCAUGGAAAUUGGUCUGACUGCAUUAUUGGAGGAGGUACCUCUGAGCCACAGUUCGGAACACAAUCCCACAGAGAUGCCAAGGAGUGUGGCAAGGGUGUACGGCUGCGAGCUAUUGCCUGUUACGAUAAGACUGGCAGACUCGUGGAACCAUUUCGCUGUAGCAGUUCAGGUUACAUUGAAGAAUCUUGCACAGUCCCUUGCCCAUUUGAUUGCAAAUUAAGCGAUUGGUCCAGUUGGUCCCCUUGCAGCUCUUCUUGUGGACCAGGGGUGAAAGUCCGGUACAAGUGGCUCAAGGAGAAGCCUUACAAUGGAGGUCGUCCCUGCCCAAAGCUGGAUCUCAAGAAUCAGGCUCAGGUGUAUGAGGCAGUCCCAUGCUACAGUGAGUGCAAUCAGUAUUCUUGGGUAGUAGAACCAUGGUCUCCAUGCAAAAUCAAGAGUGAACAAAAUUCUCUCCACUGUGGAGAAGGAAUACAAACAAGAAAAGUCAGGUGUGUGAGUACUGCUGAGGACCACGGAGGGGAGACUGUGCCCAACGCACUGUGUAAUCAGGCUGAAAUCCCAGAUGUGAUGCAGAAGUGUAGUUUGUACUGUCCCAGUGAGUGUGUAGUGUCUGACUGGGGACAGUGGAGCAAGUGCCCGCAGGUGUGUGAUCCGAAUAUUAUGCAAACCCGAACUAGACAAGUGCUAAGGUCUUCUGUCAAUACAAAGCCCUGCCCUGAAGAUUCACAAAUGAAGCCAUGUAUUCUUAAUCAAAAUUGCUUCCAAUAUCAGUACAAUCUAACAGGCUGGGGCGGGUGCCAGCUGGAUGCCAAUGCCACCUGCGGGCACGGAGAGCGGCGCCGCCUCCUGAGCUGCCGGCGCAGCGAUGGGGCCACCGUCAGCAUGCAGCACUGCCAGCGGUUUCGCCUGGAGAAGCCGGUGCAGACGAGUAGUCAGUGUGUGGUGGGAUGCACAGUGGACUGCCAGCUAUCAGCAUGGUCAGCCUGGUCGCAGUGCUCCCACACGUGUGGCACCGGCGGCCAGAUGGUACGUGGACGCUCAGUGGUCCUGCAGGCAGAGGGUGAGGGCAGACCCUGCCCAGAGCAGCUCACCCAGCACAGGAGCUGCCCCGUGAAGCCUUGCUACAGCUGGCUGCUUGGCCCGUGGUCUCCCUGCAGAGUCCAGGGUGGACAGUGUGGAGAUGGGUUGCAAGUCCGCAACCUCACAUGUGUAGUGCAUGAUGCAUCUGUUUCUGCUACAUCCAAACCAGUAGAAAAUGCAUUAUGUGGUGAACUGCCAUUGAAGGAGAGUGUGCUGCAGUUACCAUGCUCUCUGCCUUGCCCAGGUGACUGCCACCUGACAGAGUGGUCAGAAUGGAGCUCCUGCGAGCUCACCUGCAUCAAUGGCAGGAGCUUUGAGACAAUGGGACACCAGUCUCGAUCCAGGGCAUUUAUUAUUCGGUCUUCUGAGAACCAGGAGAGGUGCCCUGGACAAGCGAUGGAAACACGGCCUUGCUCAGGAGGGAAGUGUUAUGACUACCUGUGGAAAACCAGCCUGUGGCGAGACAAUGUGCGCACAGUGUGGUGUCAGCGCUCAGAUGGAAUAAAUGUCACAGGAGGGUGUGCUGUUCGGACGAAACCUGCAGAAGUUCGGUACUGCAGCCCAGCGUGCACAAAACCAUUCUCCUACUGCACACAGAGAGGAGUCUGCGGUUGUGAGCGAGGAUAUACAGAAAUAAUGAGAUCAAAUGGUUUCCUGGAUUACUGCAUGAAGGUACCAGGUUUAGAAGAUAAGAAAGCUGAUGUGAAGACCAUUGCUGGAAAAAAUAAACCUGUCAACUCAAAAAUGCAUGACAUUUUCAAAGGAUGGUCUAUUCAACCUUUUAAUCCAGAUGGUAAACUGAAGAUGUGGGUAUAUGGUGUAUCAGCUGGUGGGUUCCUCAUCAUAGUUUUCCUGAUUUUUACAUCCUACCUGAUGUGCAAAAAAACAAAGCAGCAUCAAAGCACUCCUCCACAGCAGAAGCCUCUAACCUUAGCUUAUGAUGGAGACAUUGAUAUGUAACAUAAAAAAGAAAUCCAAAUGUAGACAUCAACUGCCUUAACUGCUUUCUUUUUUGGAACUCUCUGACUUCUCAGUUUUUUGAGGAAUCUCCUGUUGUGUAAUAUACCGGGCAGAACAGAAGUAUUUGGAGCUUAGAAUUUUGCCACCUCUUUAUUAAAAAUAAUGGAGUCAAAGACUUGGAUCUUGUGCAACUUUUCUGAAGAGACCAGAAUAUACAUCUCUUCCUGUUGAGCAAUGGGAAUGAAAAUAAAAGGAGAAUCUACAGACAUCGAAAGGAAUUAGUACAAAAAAAAAAA